AUGGAUCCAGCUUUUGAUAAGCCUCCUGAUCUACGCUAUACCUGCACUAUUUGUAACGCGAACGGGAAACACUAUAAAUCCCUCUGUCCCAAAAAUCCUGAUCCGUUUUCCAUAAUUCAGAGAAGAAAAGAGCAAGGUCUCAAGACAUCCUCAGUAGUUCCCCGAUCCUCCAGCAGAGAUACUGUCGAGAAUGGAGAGCUUCUCAAGAUCCGUCAGUUUGAUAGGGAUAAUGCCAGACUAAGCCGCGAUCCCAACCUUAGAAGGAGCAUUUCGCCCCUUCCCAAGUCUAAAAAGUUUCAUCCCUGGGCACCGCUAGAGACAGCCAAAGAUACAAGCCACCGCCCUGAGCAGUCGACAAAAGUGGAAUCUACCUAUGGCAGAUUCUCUCGAAAAAGGUCUCUCUCGAACUCACCAAACCGUGACUCGGCGGCUCCAGCUCUUCAGAAUAAACGAGCCAAGUUUCGUAAAACAGAAGAAGGCGCCAAUGGAAUGCGAAAAACAAAGCAAAGUCGGGCAGAAACGGAGGCCACAACCGAAGCAAUCGAAGAACUGUUGACGGAGGGCCGUGCAAAAGGAGCAGCGGUUGGGGAAAAUGAUGCUAUCGAAACUGCGAAGCAAGUCUCCAACCCCGACGAAAUAGACCUUCGCAGUGACCAUGAAUAUGCGUCAGGUAGUGGUGAUAACGCAUUUGAAGAUACCCCGGGCCUAGACACUUCAACUUCUGCUAUCAAAAAUCUCCAUAUCAGCUAUUCUUCGGUCGACAGUAGUGAUGAGGACAAUGAUCCGGACGCAGAAAUGGAAGAGUCCUCGACAACCCAGCAGGAGAGUCAAAAAAGCAACAAGUUUUCAGAUUUUGUUCAGAGGCUUAUUGAUAGUCGGAAGGAAAUGAAAGAGAUUGUAAACAGAAUUCCGAAACGACCCAGCGCCGCUGCGAUGUGGAGACGUGCGAGCCAACGACGGCGCGAAUCAACAAUCACAGAUUCUCCUUUGCCGUCACCUAUGUCGAGUCCUAUAGUAACAGAUGUUUGGAAAUAUAAAAUUAGAAGCCCGACUGGGACAUUUGAAACACAUAUCUCUCCUAAAAUCAUUCAAUUGGAUGGGUCACAUGAAGAAAUGCCAAAGGAGCUUAGCAAAAGCUUUCCUCGCCGGAAAAAUAAGUUGAGUGAAUUCGGGAAAGGUGCGCUUGAAAAAGUCAUAGGCGCGGCCGGAAGCAUGAGAGGUCGCACUAGAAGUCGACCAAUACUAAACCACACAGAACCAUUCAUUUCUCGGUCUCCAUCUCCACCUUUACCUUGCCCUAAAGACGACGUCAAGGUUCUGGCUCCCAAGUCCUGCAACAUUCCUCGUGUCCUUGUAACCAGCCUGCCAGCCCAGUUAUGCGAUAAAGAUUUGCCGCAAAUUCCCACUUCAAAAAGGGUUAGUUACCACCUUGAACGUUCCGCAGCGUCUCUUCCAGGUUGCCCAUCAAAUCAAUCUGUUCGGAAAGAGAGCACACGGCUUCUGCACAGCUCGACAUUUAGCACGAGGAAUUGCUCACGGGAUUCAGCCCUAUCAGUGUCAAGGUCCACAAACGAAUUUCGAUCAACUGUACGCAAGAUAAUCGAAGAAAGCAAAUCCGAGGACAUAAGAAAAUCGACAGAAAACUUGAACCGUCCACAAAUCGCUCGACCUAAAAUCGUUCGCAGCAUGUCUCAUAUACCAAAGUCCUGCGCUGGUGUAUUCGAGGUUACAAUGACCACUGAACGCCAUGUCCACUUCCGCAAAUCUGGAGGAUGUAGCUCCUCAAAAGACCGCAUUGAAGCGAAUAGACUAGCUCAGCUCAACGAAUUGAGAAAGUUCGGCGUUAGCUUCAAGUUAGCAACACCACUUCCAGAUGACCUCCACUUCUUGAAGAAUGGAGGUGGUAAACAAGUGAAGGGCGAAGAUGAUACUGGAGGACGGAGUUUCACCGGAACUGUUCAAGAGCCGCACGUCAAGUUUGGCAAAAACUGCCAGAACUUGUCGGGUCGUGAGAUCUUCCUCAAUGACGUGAAGAAGUUUGGAGCAAAUUUUAAGUUCAGCACGCCAUUGCCAGAUGACCUUGAAUAUAUCUGUCGUCGCCGGGGGCAACCAAAGGGUACCAAAGACAAUGAGCUCGCAAACAUCGAUAACGGCGUUGUCCUUGAAGACGCAGGUCCGUCCAACCAGACUCCCGAAACUGUCGAUAGGGAGACUGAUGUCGCCCCAAAGUCCGACGCCCUUAUACGUGGAGAGGACCACAUUACUCAAUAA